AUGGGCCAAGUCGAGGAGGGCUUUAAUCUUGCCAAGGUAAUCGUAGUGGGAGAUGUUGCAGUUGGGAAAACGUGUCUGAUCGGCAGGUUUCGCAAGGGUGCGUUUGAUAAGAACUACAAAGCAACCAUAGGGGUGGAUUUUGAGAUGGAGCGCUUCGAGGUGCUCGGUGUUCCCUUCAGUCUACAGCUGUGGGACACAGCAGGUCAGGAGCGCUUCAAAUGCAUCGCUUCAACAUAUUACAGAGGAGCACAAGCCAUUAUAGUGGUGUUUGACUUGAGCAGCGUCAGCUCUUUAGCACAUGCCAGGCAGUGGCUGGAGGACGCCAUGAAGGAAAAUGACCCCUCCAGUGUUUUACUGUUCCUUGUCGGCACCAAGAAGGACCUCAGUGUGGGUUCUCCUGAACAGUUGUCUCAGAUUGAGCAGGAAGCCAUCAGAUUCUCUGACGAAAUCAAAGCCGAGUACUGGGCUGUGUCUGCCAAGUCAGGAGAUGGUGUCAUGAAUUUCUUCUUCCGUGUAGCCUCUCUGACUUUCGAGGCUAACGUGUUGUCUGGGCUCGAGAAAAGUGGUGCGAGAAGCGACGGUGACAUUAUCAGGCUCACAGACAGCACAGAGGCCGAUCGGACACCAACCAAGAGGAAAUCCAACUGCUGCUGAUCAGAAGAUGGCCGCUUGGAUACACUGUACUGAGCACACAGCAACACAUGACGGCACAGAGGAGGGGGAAAUCAGACUGAAAUAUAGACUCACCAUGCACACUGUGGAUAUAAUGAACAGACCGUAUAUAAAGUGAUGAGAUAUCAACUAAAACAUGUAUUUGUGUUGCUCUCAGAUGGCCUGAGAGGAGGUUUUUUGGAGAGAAUGUCAGCGCCAGACUCGAGUGCAUUUCUUUGUUUCCUCGCCGUCAUGUGUCUGUGCUGCUAAUGUGAAGCCUGCGCCAGCACACAUGACCGCAGUCAUACCCACAAGGCAUCUCUCUCCUCUGACAAGGGUUCUCAUGAUCUUGAAAAUGGAGGGAUUGUUUUCAUAAAUUCAAGCAAACAGGAAGUUGCAUCUGAAGUUAAUUGAUUUGCUCGCUCAGACUGCAUUUGUUCUUAUCUGGAAACAGUCUUUAAUUACAGCUCAUGGAUUAUGACUUGUAAAUAAAUUGGUUCCAUCA